AUGAAAUACCUAAUUUUAUUGGUGUUUGUCACUGCUUUCUAUCAAUUUGGAUAUGCUGAUGAGGAAAACAAAUUGAUGGCUAUGGCGGGUCUCCGCCAGGAAGACCCGGCCUCCGCGCAAGAGAAAAGUGACCGAACCUUAGAAAUGGUUGUCAACGCCCAAAAUGCGAGCAUCGAGCGUGGUAAUCAAGCCAUCUCCGAGUGGCAUGACACGAUGAUGAAGCAUCUUCGCGCCAAAUUCGGCGUCGACAAAUUGAAUGCCGACAACAACGAGACUCUCCCCGGAACUGAGACCAACAAU